AUGGCUACAAGCAAAGCAAAAACCAUUGAUGGUAUUGAUGAUUUUAAAGAAAUGCUUGAAGUGAUGACAGCCCUUGAAAUUUCAUCGGGAGGAUUAAAGACGUUAGACGAGAUGAAAAGUCGAGUAAAGUCUGAAUUAGAACAGCUUCCUAACAUCCCCAGUUGGACUGCUGGUCAGGUAAACGUUUUGUAUAUCGAAAAAAGUCUCUAUAAUUUUCUAGAACGCUGUUUCUCAUCUCAAAUUGUUUAGAGGAUGCCAAACGGUAACAGCGUUGUCGAACUUUUCUUUGUGUCGUCAAUAAACAGAUAUGAAUUUAACUCUGGGUUUUACUCGCUCCCGUUUUUGGUCCUGUAUUUCUAAAUUUUAAACUCCAUUUAAACAAUUCAUCACGCAUGAGAUUACCAUCAUUAACUCCUCAUACAAUUUUUCACAAACUUUCACGUGUUUGUGAGGUAUGGAGUGCAAAAGUUUUUGUCGCUGUCACAAUUAACCUCAAAAUUUAAAGUGGUUUGGGAGCUUUUUAAGGGUUUCCAAUGCUAGUCGGAGCACGAAAAGAAACAUGCGAAAAGGGACUCACGAAGGAAGCCUUAUUAGAGCGACGAAACAUUUUGAAUUGGAAUUCAUAACAUUGUGAUCCAAGCAGGACAUUGGGAGGACACGAAUAAAGCUUGUAAAUCAAAGGCCGUUUGGCAAUUCAGUUAAGAUGCUUUUCGAGUGUUCUUCUAACACUCCAAAUUACUUUAUUCUCUUAUAAAACCCGGAAAAUAUUUUAUUGCCUUUAUGAAAUUAUCAUAAAGAGAGAACAAUAAAUGUACCAGCUAUUCUGUGAUUUAGUCGCUGAUUUUUUCAUUAGAUCCGCUAAGAACAACUAAAACCAAUAUUAGUUAAUUAAUAUAUAUCUACUGCAAGAAAAUGAACUCCAGGCGAGCGGCAACGACUGCAUUGAUAAAUAAGAUGGCACCACGACCUAAGCGAAAUCGUACUGAAAACUUAGAAAAACUUUUCGCAUGCAAAUUGAAGCAAAAACUUUAAUUUGUUACGGUACACUGACUACUUCGAAGUAAACGACGAAAACGCGAAACUUGCUAGUUCGUGAGUGUUUUUUUAUUUUGUAUGUUUCUUCAGCAUAACGGUUCUUUGCACAGAUUCAACUCGAGAAAUUUUUCCCUUCUUGUGAUGUUCAUGAUAAAUUCCUAAAAAAAUUCUGUUUCGCUGAAUUAUGACGGAUGAAGAGGAGCAAAUUAAAACACGACAUGCUGAGCCAUGGGCAGAAUCUCAAUCGCCGUCAAUUAAUUUUAAUCGCGAUGCAGUAUUUUCCUUUCAUUUAAAUUCUCUCACUUCUUCCAUUUGAAUCAGCGGUUUUACUGAGCCUUCCACAGAGUCAAAAGUGAGAGCUAUAAAAAGCUUGCACCUGGUAAAAAUUUAAAAUUGCAAACUCAUAUCGUUGACGAUAAACAAGCGGAAUCGUUUCGAACUCCAACCUAAUGAUUUUCUUUGUUAUGUAGAGAAGAUCUUAGAAAAUUUUCGAAGAAAAUGCUCCUUUAAGUUAUUGCUACUUAAGAACUGAAGAAAUGAAAAAAGUAACUUUCGUUUUUUAGCUCCAUUAUUAUUCAGACGAGAGUGCAACCGUCCCAUUGCAAUUUGAACAAUCGUCUUGUUCAUAAAAUAAAAGUUACCUUAUCAGAGGGACGUUAGUGUAUGAAUAGUCCUCUUUCAUCCGAAUUCAACUUUCCAAUGCUUUGAUUAUCCCUGCGGGUGUUUCUGUUGUAAUAAAACAAGCUUGGACAAUGGAUUGAUUGAUCCGAUGAUGCUUGCUGCGUACAGUUCUUCUUUGAAAUACGAUAAUGACUGCUGGAACCUUUUAAGUAUCAUUCUCAGUCACGAUACCAGAAUCUCUCCUAAACAGUUACAAUUUCACUAUACAAAACAGCCAUUUCUUGUACAUUUACAUGCGAACUUCUCUUUUAUCAGUAGGCCUUCUCUGUUUUAUCAAAAAUAAAAGAGCAAGAUGCCAAGGUUAAAGAAUUCCUGCUGAGCUUUUACCACGAAGUUGAAACGUGUUAUGAUGAUCUAGAUGACAAAAUUCAAACUCUGCUGCAGAAAAAAAUGGGUGAUGUAAAGGAAAAAAUGAAAAGCUAUCAGAUAAAAUGAAACAAGAAGAUUACUGCCUUCUAGUGGCAGGUACAUUUAAUUGUAUUAUUUCUUUGAGUUCUUGUAAAAAAGUAUGUGUUGUUUGGGGUUGAGAAAAGAGCAGAGAGAUUUGUUAUAAAUUAAAAACAGUUUACGCACCCAUUUCCAUGGGAAAAAAUUUUAACCUGUCCUAAAAUACCGAUUGCACCCACUCCUUUCAUGAAAAUAUUUCACACUCAGAGGUGAAGAGCAGCCUAUCAUAUUAUACUUCAUACCUCAGCAACAACACAGAGAAAGAGAGCCUAAUUACACAGGAUUGUUACAACUCCAAAUUGUUAGUAGACCAGUGCUGUUUGAAUAACCAUGACCACCGAUGUGUUUCAUUUAAAGGUGAAACUGGAUCUGGAAAAAGCAGUUUGAUUAAUCUCAUUCUUGGGGAAGAGCUUCUUCCCUAUUCUAUUCUAAGCACCACGUCCACCAUAUGCGAGUUGAAAUACGGAGAAGAACGUAGAAUUGUUGCCCACUAUAAAGACAAAGACCCGGAAACGUUAUUGCCCAUAAAAACUUUCAACUUGGUUGAGCCUAAAGCUUCUGGAAAAAGUUACCAUGACCAGAUCUUUCCAUUUGUCCAGAGUGGUCGGGAAAUAGGCUCAGUUUACAAGAAGGUAGAACUCUUCUGGCCUCACAAACUUUUGAAGGUACCAUUGUCUAGUUUUGUUUGUAUCUCGGUUUGGAUGUAAUAUUUACUUAUGAACUUUUUAAAUCGUGAAGUGAAAAGCAGAAAUAUAAAUCCAAAGGAUCUUCAGAACACCCUUCUCGCGAUAAAUUUCAAUUUCUUUGCGAGUAUGAUUAUACAAUCGAUUUCGAAAACGUCAGCACCUUAAAAGUACGAUCUAUGAAUGAUGAGACCUAAAGGCUUUAUUGGAAAUGCUCGCACAGUUACAUAAUCAGUGCUUUUCUUUCUCAUUAUUUGUGGAAACCCUUUCUUCCUGAUAAUUCUUUUCUUCCAGGAAGGCGUGGAUGGCUUUUCUCAUUCACUAUGUGCAACUAAUUUUAGUUAUCAUCCACAUGUAUACCAGUGAAGCCGUUGGGUCUUAUCGUUCAUUCCUAAGCCUUUUUAGGUGUCAACGUUUUUGAAAUCGAGUUUAUGUAAUUGUUAUUGCAAUUAGGCACUUUCAACUAUGUAGGAGAAAAUAGCCUUAGAAUAUCACUGGUUCGUUUUCAGAAUGGAGUUGUUAUCAUUGACAGUCCCGGUGUUGGCGAGUCUGAAAUCAUGGAUGAAAUAGUUAGAGAGUAUCUGCCUGAGGCCUUUGCAUUUAUUUAUGUCAUCAACUGCACAAACGCUGGAGGAGUUCAGAAAGAUAGAGUAAGUCUAAUUAGGAAAUACAAUUUGCAAUACCUUUUCAUCAGCAGCUGUUAUAGGUGUAUCGGAAACACGCCGUGCUCUUCGUGGAACAUUCCGACGCAAGUCAUGAUCAUAACUCAAAGCAAGUUAAAAAACUACAACAAAACUCGCAGGAUCUCUUUAAGGAAGAUAAAAAGGUUCUCAACUCUGAUUGAUUUAUCUCUGGUGUAACAUCAAAACGAGUUAAAUUUGACUUUCUUUCCACAUUUCAUCAGUCAUUUGAUAGCAGUCACAUGAAAGAUACAUUUGUAUUUAAUUAUGACAAAUGAUAGAUUUAUGAAAAAUCAAAGUGACUACUGAUUCGAAAUCAUAGUGAUUCAAAAUGAAAGGGUUACAAGACAAAGUAACCUUAUAUGGUAAAUUACAGUUGGGAAAGUUGCUGGAGGGCGUCAAAGAAAAACGUAAGGAAGAAGAGUUUACAUCCACCUGUGCUUUGUUCGUGUGUCACAAGUGGGAUCAAGUGAAAGAAAAAAAAGAAGAAAAGAAAGUGGAGAACCAUGUCAUCGAAAAGUUAAAGAAUUUCUAUCCUGAUAUUGUCCCAGAGAAACAGGUCGUUCAAAUGUCAACGAAGAAUGCCAGCAUAGCCCAAAACUACGGGAUCGCAACCAAAAGAUUUGUUUCUCUGAUGAAUUGUAUGAGAUCUAUGGUUUUAAGAAGCGUCAAAGCCAGGCUGGAAUUUUAUUGGAGGUAAGCACCUAACUGUUAGUAUUCUCCAAUAGUCAUAUGUUCAUAUGCAUCGGUUAAUGCGAGGUGAAAAGAAACACAACCAGUGUUUCUUUUUGGAGUGGAGUAGAAAAUUGGCGAACGGGGUAAGUAGUUGCACGAAACAUUUCAAAAUAGGUAAGUAGCAUUACAUGGUCUGAAUCAAUGCCGAAGCAAAGGUUUUUGCUCAUUAAUAGAAGCUUUCAAGGGGUCAGUAAAACAGUUGUUGUCUACAUUUGUAUCGCCUCGACAAUACUCUGUUGAUCCUUGGUAUUGUGUUUGUUUCAUUAGAUGGCUAUAUGGACUUCUUUCUCAAAUAGUUUACCACGCAAAAGUCCAUAUGAAAAAUACUACAAGAGAACAGGAAGAAAUCCUGAAAUUAAUUGACUCUGUUAGCGUUCGUUUGAGUUACAUCGAAGAAAAACAAAAUGAAGUCAUGAAAGACCUCCGCAACCAUCUGGAGAGUCGAACCAAGAGUGUAGUAAAAACCCUUUCCGAUUAUCUUUGUUCGGAUGAUAUAAGAUCGCAAUUUACCUCGUGGACCUCGGAUAAGGUACCAAAGACAGAGUCAUCUUGGGAGGUGACAGAGUGCAACAUCACAAAGGUGAUGGAAAACCGCCUGCAAGAGAUCAUAAAACGUUGGGAAGAAGACAACCAUGUGUUUACAGAUACUCGUGAGUCUCUUGUUCGGCACUUCAAGGAACGGUGCAAUUUUCUUGAAGGAGAACUCCGUAUUCUACAGGAAGCUCUAUUAUCUGACGAAAUCAUGCCACAAGAUCAUAGUGAAACAGGCUUCGGACUCACCAUAGAGGACAAGAUUGCCAUUUUUGUUACAAGCCCUAUCUGGGUUCCCCUUUCUCUCAUUGUCUUGGUGGUUGGUGCCCCUAAGGUUGGCGUAAUGGCGAUUAUGAGCAAGUUGGAGGACAAAAGAAGGAUCAGGAAAUAUGACGAAGACAAGUGUGCUUUCAUGAGACAAGCAUCCACCGAAUACUUGAAUGAAGUUGAAGUUAAAAAAGAAGAUGUGCUCAUGAACUUCGUGAAGGACCAACUGAAAGAUGCCGCUCUGUGUCUGAAGCAAAUUGAAGCCCGUAUUCCAGAGCUGAUUGAGGCUGACCAUUCUUUGUGUAAACAACUUUAG